AGGUAAGCUACUACUGAUAGACCAGACCGGACUCCAAGCUCACGAGCGAGCCAAUCUCGACCACGGUCCCCGUCCACCACCCCCGAAUUCAGGACCUUUCUUGAUACCCAUUACUUUCUGGAUUAUCUCCACAAGAUUAGUUACUGAAGAAAGAAACCAAAAAUGGGAUUCAUCUCCCGCAUCAUCACACUCUUCGGCCUCGUCCUGCUCGCCCAUGCAGGCUACUCCGCCCACGAACACACCAUCCUGUACAGCAACACCGCAAGCACAGCAAGCGGCGGCACCGCCCUCCCGCUCGACAUCGUCAUCGAAGCCCUCGCAUCACUAGUCCUUGUCUCGGCGGGACUUGUCCUCGGUGCAGAAAAGCUCAAGCCGAUUAGUUGGAGUGAAUGGGCGGGUCAGAUUGAGCGCGAGGGUGGCGGGAGGAAUCCGUAUCGGAGGUUGGAGGAACGGUAUGGGUUUUGGGAUGUUAGGGCGAAGAGAAAGGAGUUUGCGGAUUGGAUGAAGGGGGAGGUUCCUGUUCCUGGUAAGGAAUGAGUUGAGGGGAUUGGUUUUGUGGGGUUUUAGGAUGGGAUGGGUUGGGUGUGGUGUGGUGUUGGGUAUUUAUUUGGUUUGUAUCAUAUAUGUACGCUUGACUGAUUGAUGGGAUUUGGAAUGAAAAGAUCUCUGAUUGAAUUGAUAUUGUUGCUUAUGUUGGUUUGUCUUGGUGUGUUUUGGAUUGGGUGUUGGUGGGUUCAAAGGACUUGAUAUUAAGCCAUGUGCUUGUUCGGUUUGGUGGUCUACUGGUAUGGAUGCAGUAUGUCAGGAUGCUAUAAGGGCGAGCAUGGUAUAGUCACUGACGCAUCUAUGGCUUGUUCAAUUAUGCUAGUAUACAGCAGCGAUGGAAAGUGGCGGGAGCAGAUAAGAUGCUGGCAUGAACAGAAUACUUGGUGGGGUAGGUUUACGCCUACACAAUGCCUAC